AUGGCAGAGCUCAACCAGACAGUGACCCAUUUUGUGUUCUUGGGACUGACCAAUAACCGGAGUCUGGAGCUGGUAUUAUUUGUCAUUUUCUUCAUCAUCUACCUGCUUAUCCUAGCAGGGAAUCUCCUCAUCAUGGUGACGGUGGCUUGUGACCAGUGCCUCCACACCCCCAUGUACUUCUUCUUGGGAAACCUCUCUUUCAUUGACAUCUGCCAUUCCUCUGUUACUGCACCCAAGAUGCUGCAUGACUCCCUUAUUCACCAGAAGAUCAUCUCCUUUGGGGGCUGUGUAGCACAACUCUUCUUCCUCCACAUCUGUGCCUGUGCUGAGAUCUUCCUCCUGACUAUCAUGGCCUAUGACCGUUGCCUUGCCAUCUGCUGCCCAUUGCACUAUGUGAAAUUCGUUAACCUGAAGAUUUGUGGAUACUUGGUGGGUGCUUUGUGGGUGGGUGCAACUAUCCACUCUCUGGUCCAGACAGUCCUCACCAUUCGCCUCCCUUACUGUGGCCCAAAUGUCAUAGACAGCUUUUUUUGUGAUGUCCCCCCAGUCAUCAAGUUGGCUUGCACUGAUACGUACUUCACUGGGGUUCUCAUAGUAUCAAACAGUGGUGUGAUCUCCUUGGUUUGCUUCUUGGCCUUAGUAACUUCCUAUAUUAUCAUCUUGUUCUCACUGAGGAAACAAACAGCUGAAGGCCGUCGCAAAGCUUUUUCAACAUGUAGUGCCCACUUACUGGUUGUAGUCUUGUUCCUGGGGCCAUGCAUUUUCAUCUACACCCACCCUACUUCCAACUUCUCCUCAGAGAAACUGGUAGCUGUCUUCUACACCAUGGUAACUCCUGUCCUCAACCCUAUGAUCUACACCCUGAGGAACAAAGACGUAAAGAACUCCAUGCAGAAACUUGGCCAGUGCCUGCCUGUCUGUCUGGAU